GACGUUAGUUCCUCUCUGGUGAACGAGUUGAAGCGCAGGGGCAGCGAAUUACUGUACGAGUACUGUUUUUGUUUUUAAGCUAACGGUAGUAUUUAGCGUUAACAAGGGCCAGACGAUGUCAGACAAGAUGGAUAUGUCCUUAGACGAUAUUAUCAAGCAAACCCGGCAGCAGCGUGGCGGGAGAGGAGGCCGCGGUGGCCGUGGUGGCCGAGGAGGCACAGGCGGCGGCCGUGGAGCCGGUCGGCUAGGAAACACAGGCGGAGGCUUUGGAGGCCGCGGCGGAGGAUCCGGCCCCACGAGGAACCGCCAGAACCUGAGCCGCGGCAGAAGUAGACCCACACCGUACAGCAGGCCCAAGCAGCUCCCAGACAAGUGGCAGCAUGACCUGUUUGACAAUGGCUUCAGCACGAAUGCCGGAGGAGGCGGCGGUGGUGGCGGCGGCGGUGGUGUGGAAACCGGAGGAAAACUUCUUGUGUCCAAUCUUGACUUUGGUGUCUCUGAUGCCGACAUCCAGGAGCUCUUCGCAGAAUUUGGCACUUUGAAGAAAGCGGCAGUACAUUAUGAUCGGUCAGGACGCAGCCUGGGCACUGCAGAUGUUCACUUUGAGAGGAAAGCAGAUGCCCUGAAAGCUAUGAAGCAGUAUAACGGUGUUCCUCUUGAUGGACGUCCAAUGAACAUCCAGCUUGUUACAUCACAGAUUGAUGCACAGAGACGGCCUCCCAUGCAGGGUCUGAAUCGUGGAGGCAGUGGCGGCAUGAACCGAAACAGAAUUGGAAACUUUGCCACACAGAAGGGACGUGGGGGCCGUGGUGGUGGAGCCAGAGGCCGGGGACGAGGGGGCCGAGGUGGCAGUGGCAAUGACAACAAACAGCUCUCUGCUGAAGAGCUGGAUGCCCAACUAGAUGCCUACAAUGCUAGGAUGGAUACCACCUAAAUGCCAACAGAUAAAGAUGCGCUUCCCACUGUUCUGACAUGGGAUAGUGACUGUCAUUGUUAUAGCUUUCAACUUGCCGGAUGUUUUACACGUCUUCAAAAGUGAUUUAAACUUGUGUACCAAUAUUUUUUCUCCUUUUAAAAUGCUUGUUUUUUACCUACUUUUAUUUUAUUUGUGUUUUGGUUUCUUUUUGAGAAAAACCUGGUUGGACUGUAGGAUUUUAGGAUGGGGUUGUUUCAACCAUCCUCCUGUAGAUCAUUGUAAUAAAACCUGCAGUAUUUAGUAACCACA